GACGAAUUGUCAUCAAUUCUUGUUUGGCUUGUUUAGUCCGGGUUGGCCUGAGUGUUUCGAUUUGUGUCGCGAGUUUGUUGUGAUUCUGCAUUUUGAAAACUUUUAUUUGUACGAUUGACUUCAGACAAAUACAAAAGAAUGGCGGAAAAAUCUGAGGAAUUGAAAACUGUCGACGAGAAACUUACCCAAGCGAAAGAACUAUUCGCCAGAGGUAGCCGCAACUAUUUGGUAAAAGCAUACAAUGAUGCAGCGGAUGAUUUAAGUCAAGUUUGCAAUAUCUACGAAGAAGUUUACGGACAACUUUCAGAUGAAUUGGGAAUGCCCUACUUAUUGUAUGCGAAAACGUUAAUAGCACUUGCGGAAGAUGAAAACAAAGUCCUGUCGGUCCCCGAGGAACAAAAUGAUGAUGAUGACGACGAGGAAGAUGAUGAAGUGGACGAAGAGGCAGAAGAUGAUAAGGGAGCUAAGUCCGAAGGAGCAGAAUUGAAAAUAGAAGCAGAGCUGACAUCUAAUGAGACAGACGGUGAUUCGAAACUACAAGAGGGAAAUGAUAAAAGUCAAGAUACUGGAGCUUCUUCUAAUGGCAAUGCAAAGACGGAGAAUGUUAACGGAAAUCAUGAACAAGGCGACACAAGUAAACCAACAAAUUCAAACAAUGCGGCGGAACCGGGCACAUCAAACGAAGUGGAUGGUGAUAAUGAGGAGAAUGAGAUUGAAGAAGAUGAUGGGGCGAAUCUGCAAGUCGCGUGGGAGCUCCUCGAGUUGGCAGUGAAAAUCUUCGAACGGCAAGGUGAACCAGCCUUGGGCAAAUUAGCAGAUGCAUACAAUGAACUUGCAGGCGUUUCUUUUGAAAACAGUCAUUUCGACGCUGCUAUUGUUGACUACCAAAAAUCUCUCAACAUCCACAUGAAAUUACCGGAUGAUAAUCGCCGUAUCGUUGCUGAAAUUCACUACAAAAUUGGACUCGCCCAUUUGAUGCAGAAUUCCUUUGACGAUUGCAUACGAGAGUUAAAGAAAGCAGCCGAGCUUAUGGAUGAAGAAAUCGAGGAGGAAAAACAAAAGGAAAACCCAUCAGAGAAGCAGAAAGACACGAUUAAGGAUUUAGAAGAAGCAAAACAAGACAUUCUGGCGAAAAUUACUGAAGUUGAAGAGACCAAAACACAAUCCAUUGAAGAAGUACGAAACGAACUGUCCAAAAUAAUGAGCACCGACCCGAAAACUGCAGAUGGUGCUGGACCAUCGAGCUGUGCGAGCGGUACCAACGGAUCAUCGGCAGCUGAUAAACCGAAACCAACAGACAUAUCACACCUAAUCAAACGGAAGAAGCCCGAUACUGCCUCUAAUGAUGUUGCAGUCUCUCCAGCCAAAAGACCAGCCGUUUGAAUAAAUGGUUUCAUUUUUUACUCCAUUUUAGAGGAUACAUAUUUUACACAUUGUUCUAGAUUUCCCUACUUUAAGAUGAAUUUUGUACUUCAUACUUUUUUUUCGUAAUUUAUUUGAAAUUAAAGUUUAGUUCUGCUCGUGUUCGAGCUCAAUUACGGUAGAAAAUUUGUAUUUGUUGAAUUUUGUCCCGAUUUUGUAAUUCUGUAUGGAAAAUAAACUACAUGGAAUGUCAUGAUGUUUUUAAA